AUGUUGCCAACCAUACGAUCAAGAGCCGUAUGGCAACUCUCCAGGAGGGUUCAGGUUUCUGCACGACGAAGCUACGCCUUUUCCGCGAAAGAUAAGCAGGAGGUCCACGACACGAACAAGCCGAAAGAGGUUCCCAAUGUUUCCAAGACCAAUGAGCUUCCAAUCGAGUCGCCGCACAAGAGUGAAGCUUUGCAAGAGAGUGUGGAGGAUGCAGAGCACCGAAGAAUCACGCAGGCGCCGAACAGGGCGACAGUUUGGUCGAAGAAUCAAAACCCAAGAGGAAAGGCUAUGACGGGACCAAGAUUCGAGCAGACUAUCAUGGAGGCUCAGCCAGCUCCUUACGCUGCCAUUGACUUGAUCCACCAGCAACCGGUUAGGUGGACACACGAGAGAGUUGCGGUAUGCGAUGGAGGUGGUGGACCAUUGGGCCACCCAAGGAUUUUCAUCAAUACCGACAAGCCCCAAAUUUGCCCGUGUACUUAUUGCGGAUUGCCCUUUGCCAACGAGCAUCAUAGAGCGCAUCUUGAGUCUCUCCCUGAUACCACAUACCCAUUAGAGGCUCAAGGCAAUCCAGCUGAGGUGCCUGAAUCCCAACGAAUCACCGAUGAAGCGCUUGGGCAACGAUAA